UAUAUUCUGCGCAAGAUGAUGCGGCAGAAGAGGACUAUGGUACGUUGACCGUGUCUAAUCAUCGUCGAAGAAGAGGAAGAGGGACAGUUCGACGAAGGGAGUAGAAUCGAAUCGUGGAAGGAAAGAAGGAAAAAGAAACGAGGAACAGAAAGGGCUGGAGAGAAGCAGAAGAGGGUUGUCCGCAGCAUCCGGGUGGGGUGGUCGGUUGGGUGGUACGUCGGUCGAUUUUCGUGCGCUUCGACGCAGAACGGAGAGGGCGUCCUGGUCGUUUGCCCCCCUCGUCGUGGCGGAGACUCGCCGAAAACAGACGAUCUCUGGGGGUGUCGAUUGGUCAGUGCGUAACUAGCGACUGUCGGUGCGGUGUGCGGGAUUCAGUGGGCUGCCAGCGGUCGCCCUGGGCACCACCUGCAUGGAUGGAGCCUACCCGUGUACCCAGGGCCCCUGGUCCGCGUCUCGUUUUCCUCGUUGCCACGCUUGCCCUCACUUUCGCAGCGACCGGACUGUUAUGCGGUGCCAUAAUGUCGGACCAUUGGGAGGAAGUGGCCUGGGAUAAGGAGGUCUUGACCCACGCGAACGUUACUCUCACGUGGUACUUGGACGGGCAGGUAGCGAUGGUGGGUCCUGUUUCCGGCCAUAGAAAUCAUCAUCCGGGCAGACGACCCACCUUCCUCGUGCCAAUGUACGGCGGCAUUUGGAUCAUGUGCGUCUCCCUUGCGGAGGAGGAAAUACGACUUCUGGGUCAGGUAGGUUUUCCGCAAGGGAGGUGCAUUAACUACUUGUCGCCUGACGAAGCACAUGAAGAGAUCCGUGCCGCCUGGCAAAAUCGGAUGCAGAAUUUGAGUAUUUCCUGUUCUCUAGUUUGCCUGAUUAUUCUGAGCACCGCUGUUCUGAUUGGCUUUUUUGGAUUGUGCAGGCAUCAAAUAUCGGCAGUUCUCGUUACCGGCGUGAUGUACCUUUUGGCGGCCACGUUCGCGUUGUUCACCCUGACGAUAAUUCAUUUCAAGAGAGCCCAGGAUCGCGGAGCGCGAAUACUGGACGGCCCUGAGGAUGGUGUAAUCGGUGGACCGGCUCCACGCAGUGUCCUCAAGGCCAGACGAUUCAACAGCUCCUGGAGCAUGGACUUCGGAUGGGGUGGCGUCACGCUUUGCGCCCUUGCCUCGGUGGCGUGGAUUAUGCUCAGCAAAAUAAUGCGUUUCAGCCCUAUCGCUGCUAUGAUAGCGUAGCAGUGGGAGGCCUUCGAGGUUUAAGGUCGUUUCCAAGAGUUAUGAUAAAGCGUUUCGAUGUCGAAGCCCCUUUUUGGGUGCUUCAACGAAGAAAAAAAAAUGUUCUUUCUGACUUUGCGGUGAUGUUGGUUCUAAAUUUAAGAUAAACUAAAAUAGAAGCAAUACGAAAAUUCAACCAAUUAAUCGAUUAAACAUUGGGAAAAAAAUUAACGAAGAAAGUAAAUCAUAUUUAGAGAACUUAAGCGAUUUAGGAACAUUGAUAUUGAAGCAAAGUGUAAUUUAACAUUGGAGUUCGACAUCGAGACACAUUGUGCAGGUACUUUUAUCCAGAAAUGUAAUGGCGAUUCAAAACGACCACCUUGAAGGCAAAACUAUUUCGCAUUUACUAGCAGGCAGUAUGGGUUGCAUACUGCUGUUUGUUGACUUUAUCGAACCUGUCAAGAAUUUGAGUAAGGCAUGAUGAGGAGUACAAUUAUUGUCCAUUGCACUGAACACAUUUUAUACAAUUUACCAAGUAAUUUCUAGUCUCUGACAAAAAAAAUAUAAAUGAUUGAGUAAAGAACUGCAAGCGAAGAAGUGUUGUAUGAGAUUCUGUUUGUAAACCAUACAAAACUUCUAUGUAUCGAAUGUUCUAUCAUUAAGUUUCUUAUAUUUUAAAGUUUUGUACGUUUUCUACAAGUUUUCACGUACUUCUGUUGUACCUGAGUCUUUGUAUAAUCUGAAGACCUUCUUUUCGUAUGAAUCCUUACGAUAAAAGUAAACAUUUACAGAUACAUGAAUACAAAAUAUCAUUUAGAAGAAAGGUAAGAUUUACUUUUGAUUGCAAUAGUAUUGUAUUACGAUAUCUAGAACAGUGCAGAACAAUAUACAUGUUUACCUCGGGUUUAAUUUGCAGUCAAAUUAGUCAAUUAAUACAAAACUAACAAAAUCUUACUUGUUCUAGUCUGUAUAUUUAGAUUUAUUACAAAGUUAAUAGAAACUUAUAUGUUUACGCAAGAUUUCGUUUAAUUGGAUUUGAAGUAAUCUUACGUAUUUUAGAAGCCAAAGAUAUAUUUGUUAAAAUUUUGCUUGGAAAUUUAAAUACAAAGCAUAAUAUAAGAUAGAUGCCUAUAGUAUAAUUCGAUCGCCUUACUAUUAGAGAGAUAAGCAUGUUUGUAAUAUGCAUAGUAUAGAAGUAAACUUGUUCGAGCCAAUGUAAGCAACGAUAUGCGUGUCUGCAAGAAGAUUAUAGCUUUUGCUACGACUUGUUAUAGCAAAAAGGAGGAUAUAUGCCAAUAAAAAUGUAUCGAAUAUAAAGGAUUGUGAAUUGCAAUUCGUCCAUUAAGAUUUAAGGAAAACAUAGAUGCUUCAAAGAAGAGUACCUAUCAUACUUGGGGAUCAAGUUUUGCUAGUUCAACGAUAAAACAAGAAAAGGAAAUCUGAAUAUGUUAGCAAAACUUUUCUCCGAGUGUUUAUUUAAAACAAAACGAAUUUUUUUGUCAUAUUUUUUACCUGAUCCUUGUUAUUUGUUAUAUCGAAAUUAAUGUACCAUAAAUGCAAUAAAAAGAAUGAGCUAUGAAUAAACAAUACAGAUACCCUUGACUUUCCCUGCAUACAAUGGAUGCUUUCACCUACAUCGGUUACACAGUAGACGUUUAAAAUUGGAGUUGCAAAUCGUAAUUUUGUGCCAUAGAAAGGUUAUGUUUCACAACAGCUUCGCAAAAAUAUGGAUCUCAUGAGCGAACACAUACACAAUGUCUUGUGCGAUGCAAAUACUUGAAUACGGGACACGUGAUCGGUCGUUAUUAGUGUACGUAACGCGGGAUAUGCGACACAUUGUGUUCAAUACUAUCCUUACACACGCGCGUACUAACACGUCACGUCUGUUCACGGAUUCAAACAGAUUAUAUUUUUUGUGGUAGUAAACAACAAAGGUAGUAGAAGCGUGAACUCAUUGGAACUCGAGAAUGUAUGUACAAAAAUAAACUGCGGGUUACGAACGAUAUUACGCGUUAAAAAUGUUCGAACAAGAGCAACCUUAUUUCGCGAACUUGCAAAACGUCUCGUUUUCUUAAUAUAUUUAUUCCAAACAAGACAUUUAGCGACCAUAACACAAGAUAGAAGAGAACAAUAAUGCACGUGGAAUGUGAACGAUAUCAGACGCAAGUGGACGUACGAAGCAGACGAUACUGUCGACCACGUGAAAAUCCUGUCUUGUUUAUUUAAAGAAAAUGGGUCGGAAAAUUCCUGGUAAAAAGCAUCGAGGCGUGAAGGAUCCUUUUAAACAACACGCGAAACGAGAAGCCGAGUGAG